UUCAUAAAGCUGUAAGUCAGUUAUUAAUAACAGCCCAGUGAGUCUCCCUUUCCACCUAGGAGCAUAUGGUGUUUUUCACAAAAGAGAGAGAUCAUCUCCUUGACUUUGGACUUUGCUUAUUGAACCCCUAAACAGGCUGGUUUCACCCUUGCUAGAUUCAAUUCUGUAACUGGACCGGACAGAAAGGAGGGUUGUCUCAGAGGACCUGCUUCCCUAAGUGUUCCCCUUUAACCCAGCAGGAACCAAGGUUGCUAAGAGACCACCUGUGCUGAAUGUACUUUGUUCUAGCAAGAGAAGACAGAGAGAAAAGCAAAGAGCAGGCUUACCUACCACUACGUGGGAUUAAUCAGCUCAACCCGCCUUUUUUGGUUUUUGAGUGAAAACAGAAAAUAUUUUCCUGCCUCCAUCUUGUUGCUUUAAAGAGGAUUGAGUAUAUAUAAGGGAUUUUGAUAAAGAAAGGUAAGUUUGGCAUGUAGAUAAAUCCAUUAUUAUAACUUAAAGUGGUUAAGAUGAAUGGUGGAUAAUAUUUUGUUUCAUUGGUUGGCUGCAAAUACAUACAGAGUUCUGCUUGAAAGGAUUCUUUUUUCUUUUUUUCCUAGGGAGCAGUAGCAUUCUGGAUAUGAUGUGUAAAAACUGGAUAUUAAUUUCUACUACUACUCCUGCAAAUCUGGAAGAUGAAAUUGUGGGAAGACUUUUAAAAAUUCUGUUUGUUAUAUUUGUUGACUUAAUAUCUGUAAUGUGUGUUGUUAUAACUUCUUAAAAAGCUAACAUCCCUUUCUUUACAUGUAAAUUUCAUAUUGAAUUCCAGUGAAUAAAAACUUGUAGCUUAAUGUAUAGGGUGAUUUUAAUUUGAUGGCAUCUCCAGUUCCUCUAGAAACCAACAGUUACAAUAAAAGCAAUAUUGUAUAUUGUUUAUAAAACAUUCACAUAAAUUGAAGUGAAGUUUUUCUCCCCCAAAAUCUAUAGUACUGAGUCAUAAAACUUCUUUAUUUUUAAUAUUAUUGUUACUUGACUAAAAUGUGAGGGUAUAAUUAUGAGUGAAGUUGAUUUUUUAAGGAUGCAUACCUAUGUGAAAUUUUAUGUUUCUAACUUUUAACACAAUGAGCUUAACAUAUGACAAUCUUUCCAUAGGACAUACCAAUAGUUUAUACUCAGACAUAAUAUUUCAUCUGUGUGUAGGUAAAUUGUUUUUCUUAAUUCUAGGUGAUUUUAUGUUUCUACCAACAGAAACUUAGAGUUAGGAAUAGAAAUACUUAAAAGAGAUUCUUUUAGGAAAGUAGAACUUUUAAGAGUGGAGAGAAAACAGGGCACAACCUGUGUUGGUUUUCUAUUAGGGACUAAAUGCUCACAGUAUGUCAUUUAACUUAGGACUCAUAAUAAUCCCACCAAGUGGUCCGCAUAUUACAGAUGAAGAAACUGAAUCUUGGAAGAAUUAUGCUAUCUUGAAACCAUAACUAGAAAGUGGCAGAACCAGGUCUUGGGGCUUUACAAUCUACAACAUCAUGUUGCCCCCAAAGGUAAAUAUUAAGACAAGAGUGGUUAAAAACCAAUCUGUAGAACUCAACUUGUUUUCACAAUAAUAUUUUGUUCGAGAUCCUAUGACUGUGUUUUAGAAUUCAUUUUAUUAUUUAUUUUCUUAUUCCACAUUAAAAAAUCUUUAACGAGA